AACGGACGGACGUCAUCUGUCAUUUUAGGUCGUAUACAUACAUCACCAGCAACAGCAGCGCCCCACAGUUUUGUACACCAAUAUUAAUAAGGAAAACAUAUAAAAAGCAUGGAUAAUUCCGGCAAAGAAAAAGAGGCAAUCCAAUUAAUGGCUGAAGCAGACAAAAAAGUAAAGUCAUCUGGGUCGUUUCUCGGAGGGAUGUUUGGGGGAAAUCACAAGAUAGAGGAUGCCUGUGAAAUGUAUGCAAGAGCUGCCAACAUGUUCAAAAUGGCAAAGAACUGGAGUGCUGCAGGCAAUGCUUUCUGCCAGGCUGCAAGACUUCAUAUGCAAAUGCAGAAUAAACUGGAUGCUGCUACCAGCUUUGUGGAUGCCGGCAAUGCUUACAAGAAAGCUGAUCCCCAAGAGGCUAUCAACUGCUUAAAUGCAGCCAUCGACAUAUAUACAGACAUGGGCCGAUUCACAAUUGCUGCCAAACACCACAUGACUAUUGCAGAAGUGUAUGAGUCUGAGCUUGUGGAUAUUGAAAAGGCAAUUGCUCAUUAUGAGCAGGCAGCUGACUAUUACAAAGGAGAAGAAUCAAACAGCUCUGCCAACAAAUGCCUUCUGAAAGUUGGUUUUUACUGUGCACAGUUGGAACAGUAUCCCAAAGCAAUUGAAAUCUUUGAGCAGGUUGCAACUAGUACAAUGGAUAACCCACUUCUGAAAUACAAUGCAAAAGAGUACUUCUGGAAAGCUUCAUUGUGCCAUUUCAUUGUGGAUGAAUUAAAUGCAAAGCUGGCUAUAGAGAAGUAUGAGAGUAUGUUUCCGGCUUUUUCAGACUCAAGAGAAUGUAAGCUUUUGAAAAAACUAUUGGAAGCACAUGAGGAGCAAAACAGUGAGGCCUUCACUGAAGCUGUGAAGGAGUUUGAUUCGAUCUCUCGUCUGGACCAGUGGCAGACCACUAUGUUGUUGCGAAUCAAGAAGACUAUUCAGGGUGAUGCUGGAGACCUGAAGUGAGCUACCAGUAACACUGUGGCAACCUAGCCUGCUCAUUUCUGUUGUUCUUGUGUGACAAUCUGGUUGAACACUUCUUUAAUGAUACUAGCUCAGAUAUGUGCCCCAAUGCCAGUCUUUCAGAUAUCUGUCAGCUCAGAGGUAAAUAUUCUAUAAUAGGACUGGUAUUUAGGAUACCAGAGUUACAUACUGUGUCAAUAUUGUCAAUAUUGCAGAAAUUAUCCCUGAGAGCUCUGUUUAGUGGCUAGUGUUGUCCUCUAUCCUUUAUCCCAACACAUGAUACAUCACAGUUGUUUGAACUUGUGUGUAGCAUGAAAAAUCCAAUUGAACAUAGGUCUGUCUACUAUUCACUGUAAUAUUGUCACUGGCAUUGUCUUGCAUGGUAAUUGUUAGUAUUUCAAUAUGUGGCCUCAUUAUUCAAAAAAAAAAAAUUUUUUUAGUUUUAGUUGAAAAUUUACAUUGCCUUUACUUCUGUUUACUAUUAUAGUGCCAUUUUGUGUCAUUACUUGCCUCUUUAUGGUACAAUGUAUCUAAAAAUAUGUUAUCUGGAUUUGUAGAUGAUCCAAUAUUACACAAUCACUGGAGCAGAGCCUCUGGCUCAUAAAUAGAUGGUACAUGGUAUAUUAAGUAUUUGAACUGAUGCAAAGAUUCAAAGUUUUGGGCAAAAUUAUUGUGGCAUUACUUAUUAUUACUCAGAUAAUUAUAUAUAUUUUGUUAUUUUGUUUGUUAAUUUGUGUAUAAUAACUGCUUAUGUUUAGCUAUACUUCACUAUUUAAUAAGGAAGGAAAAUAACCUAAUCUGAAGAUAAUAUGAUCAAUCUGAUCAGAUGUCAGUAAAACCUAUUAUUUUUGUUCUUAUUCCAGUAUUGGUUGCCCUUUCAGGUUUUAUGUUACGUUGAUAUUUUGAUCUUCAGGGUCUGAGUUGCAUUUAUUUACUGUAGUUUACAUCUCCUAAUGUAAUUUUAGUACACCUGAAGCAUCCUGAAGCAUGUGGCGUUCACUAUAUUGCGAAACCUUUAAAAAGAAACGUCAGGGAAUACAUAAACGGAAAAGAAAUACAUGGUGAUUUCUUACUGAGACACUGUAACUUAUCAUAAAUGUGCUAUAUUUAUUGUGUGGUACUCAAUAAAUAUUAAUGAAAUGUAUGAUCGA